AUGGCCACAAACACGUCAACUGAGCUUCAGGAACUCCCGCCACAGCAGCCGUUUGCGACCGAAGCCAACCGCAACCGCAUCAAUGGCGACGCCGAUGACGGCUGGGGAAAAGGCGUCCGCCUUGGAGACGCCGCAAAGAAGGGCGAAACCCCGCCGAGCGAUAAUCCAUCGCGCAUAAGCAGCGAGUCGCUGGCCGAGCGGAACCAAGACCUCCCGCAUCCCACGACGACCACCGAGGUGCUGCAGCGCUGGAACCAUCCGCGCAGCAACAUUGCGCGCAUCGCGGCCGCCUUUUGGGCGUUUGUCGUUGCAGGCGCCAACGACGCCGCCUACGGUCCUCUGAUCCCUUACCUGGAGCAGUACUACAACCUGAGCUACCUCGUCGUGUCGCUCGUGUUCCUGUCGCCGUUCAUCGGCUACACCAUCUCGGCGCUCAUCAACAACUACGUGCACCUGUGGUGGGGCCAGCGCGGCGUGGCGCUCAUCUCGCCCUCGGCGCACCUGGCCGCAUACAUCAUCAUCGCCUGCCACCCGCCGUACCCGGUGCUGGUCGUGGCCUUCAGCCUGGCCGGGUUCGGCAACGGGCUCGUCGACGCGGCCUGGAACGCCUGGAUCGGCAACAUGGCGCGCGCCAACGAGAUCCUGGGCUUCCUGCACGGCUUCUACGGCGUCGGCGCCGUCGUCUCCCCUCUCAUCGCCACCAGCAUGAUCACCCGGCUCGGCCAGCCCUGGUACGCCUACUACUACCUCAUGAUCGGGCUCGCCGGGCUCGAGCUGGCCACGUCCGCCGCGGCGUUUUGGCCCCAGAACGCACAGGCGUACCGCGACUCGCUGUCGCGCAGCGCCGGCGUCGGGGAGCCGCAGAAGGGAGCGCUGCGGGAGGCGCUGUUCAAGAAGGGCUACGCGAGGGUUGCUUGGCUGAUUUCCAUUUUCCUACUGUGUUAUGUCGGCGCGGAGGUCGCGAUUGGCGGCUGGAUCGUCAAGUUUAUGAUGGAGAUUCGGAAUGCGCCGGGAUUCGAAAGCGGCAUGUCUGCCAUGGGCUUUUGGCUGGGGCUGGUUGUUGGACGGGUUGUUCUGGGGUUUGUGACGCCCAAGCUAGGGGUCAAGCUGGCCGUGACUCUCUACCUCAUCCCAGUCAUGGCGUUGCAGCUCGUCUUUUGGCUGGUGCCGCAGUUCUACGUCUCGGUUGUGGCUGUCGCGCUGCAGGGCUUCUUCAUCGGCCCACUAUUCCCGGCAGCAAUUGUGGUGGCGACCAAGCUGCUGCCGAAGCACCUGCACGUGAGCGCCAUUGGAUUUGCAGCUGCGUUUGGCGGCUCGGGUGCCGCGGUGCUGCCGUUUGCAAUCGGAGCCAUCGCACAGGCCAAGGGUGUCUGGGUUCUGCAGCCCAUCAUCCUUGCGCUUUUUGCUGUCCUGCUAAUGCUAUGGCUCUGCCUGCCCAGGGCGAACAAGAAGAAGGAGUGA